CACACACAUAUAUAUUUUGUGCUCUCUGUCACCAUAGUCAACCAAGUCUGCUCCUCUCUCUCUGAUCUCUGUGAUCUGAAGAAAUUAGGAGAAGAAGAAGAAGAAGAAAUUAGGGUUUAGGGUUUAUGGCAGGGGGAAUGGGGAUAAGAAAUAGUGAUGAGGGAGAUGGAGGAGGGCAAUACAAUGGGAAAAUGACUUCAUUUGUGGUGCUUUCAUGUAUGAUGGCAGCCAUGGGAGGUGUUCUCUUUGGCUAUGACAUUGGAAUUUCAGGUGGAGUGACGUCAAUGGAGUCAUUUCUGAAGAAAUUCUUCCCAGAAGUGGACAGAAAGAUGAAGGCAGACACAGAGAUAAGCAAUUACUGCAAAUUCGACAGCCAACUUUUGACCUCCUUCACUUCUUCUCUCUAUUUGGCUGGUCUUCUCGCUUCCUUCUUCGCCUCCUCCGUCACCAGAACUCUUGGCCGGAAACCCUCCAUUCUCUUCUCCGGCGUCGUUUUCAUCGCCGGCUCCGCCCUCGGCGCCGCUGCUUUCAAUCUCUACAUGCUCAUUGUUGGCCGUGUCUUGCUCGGGGUCGGAGUUGGUUUUGCAAAUCAGGCCGUGCCAUUGUACCUCUCUGAAAUGGCACCCUCGAAAUACAGAGGAGCAAUCAACAACGGCUUCCAAUUCAGCGUCGGACUUGGAGUUCUGGUGGCGAACUUAAUCAACUUCGGCACCCAGAAGAUCAAAUCCGGCUACGGGUGGCGGAUCUCGCUGGCCAUGGCCGCAUUCCCAGCUUCCAUCUUAACCCUCGGCGCCCUCUUCCUCCCGGAAACCCCCAACAGCCUCCUCCAGCGCGGGAGUGCCCGCCAAGUGGUCGACGAAAUGCUCCAACGAAUCCGCGGCACCCCCGAUGUCCAACUCGAGCUCGAGGACCUCAUCAGGGCCAGCGAAACGGCGAAAUCCAUCAGCAGCCCGUUCAAGAACAUUCUGAUGAGGAAGUACAGGCCCCAGUUGGUGAUGGCCAUCGCCAUACCCUUCUUCCAACAGGUCACUGGAAUCAAUGUCAUUGCCUUCUACGCGCCGAUUCUGUUCAGGACUAUUGGGUUGGGGGAAAGCGCUUCCCUGUUCUCAGCAAUCAUGACGGGGGCCGUGGGGCUUGUCACUACCUUCAUAUCCAUGCUCGUGGUUGACAAAUUGGGGAGGAGACUUCUGUUCAUAUCCGGCGGCGUGCAGAUGUUUGUGUCACAGAUCAUAGUUGGGGGGUUGCUGGCGGCGCUGCUGGGGGACCAUGGCACGGUGGAGAAAGGCUACGCCUAUUUGCUGCUGGUUAUGAUAUGUGUGUAUGUGGCUGGAUUUGGGUGGUCGUGGGGGCCAUUGGGGUGGCUGGUGCCUAGUGAGAUAUUUCCAUUGGAGAUCAGGUCUGCGGGGCAGAGUAUUACAGUGGCAACCAGCUUCGUCUUCACCUUCAUUAUAGCUCAGACUUUCUUGGCCAUGCUGUGCCACUUGAAAGCAGGUAUUUUCUUCUUUUUUGGGGGUUGGGUGGCCGUCAUGACUGUGUUUGUCUACUAUUUUCUGCCGGAGACCAAAAACUUGCCCAUUGAGAAGGUGGAGAGGGUGUGGACACAGCACUGGUUUUGGAAGAGGAUUGUUGGGGAAGAUGAUGGUGGUGAACACAGCAAAGUGGGCAAUUUUCAUUCGUGAGAAUUUAUACACAUGUUAGCGAGAACCUACCAUAUGAUUGAGAAUUUUAUACAACUGGGUAUACCAUAUAUGAGAUAUUAAGUUAAAUUUCUGUAUGAUUUGAUCCUAUACCGUAUAUCGAGACAACUACAUUGAAUAA